AUUACGAUAACUUUAAAAAAAUAAAAUGGAGAAGGUAAUUGAAGUACACAAACAAGCGCUAGCAGUUUCUGAAGCAGUGGCUGCCGUGAACAGACUUUGGGAUGAGGUGUAUACAAAGCAUCAACAGGAUGUAUCCAAAGCAAUCAAAAUGGGACAUCAAGUACAUGUGGCCUUUUAUCGAUUUUUAGAAGAUAUAUACGUAUUUUGCAACAGCAGUAGUCUCUUUUUGACGAAUAUAGUAGAAGAAAUGGAAAUCGCCAAACGGAAUAGAAAAUUUGAUACUACCAGUGUUUCCGAAAUCGAAAGAAGUACAACAAUAAUGUCUGGCGUUCUUAACACAAAAAGGGAGCAAAACGAAAGGCUGACAAAAGACAUGUCGAAUUCUAUGAAUGUUAUGAAUGUCGAUAAGAAAUCAUUGGAGACAAUUUUAGAACACUAUUCUUCGCUUAGAACUGCUAUCGAAUCUGUUAGUGUUGGUGCCGCUAUCGGUGCUUAUACUACACCUUUUUUCUCGUCAAUUGGAGCGGUUGCUACUGUUGGGCUCCUCCCUUUAUGGCCCCUCAUUGCUGCUGUGAUAUCCGGUGGAUUUGUUGCUUAUAUAAAAUAUUUAAAAAAGGAGAAAUUGGCAGCCUUAGCUAAACUCAUGGAAAGUAUUUUCGAUAAGAUGGUUGAUUUACAGCAAAGAUCCAAAAAAUUCGAAGAUAGUUUAGGGGGCAUGGCAGAAGUGAUGAAAGGUCUUACAACACAAGUUAAAAAAGUUAUGCGAUGCUCUCAAAGUCCUGAGGAAGACAGUAAAAGGGUUGUAGAACUGGCUAAUAAUAUGCUUAAAGACAGUGAAAACUUGAAAGGCUGCUUUAAAAAAAUGGGAGAAGAAGUUACUUCUGGUAGAUCUAGCUUGCGAUGUAUAAUUGUUUUGCAUGACCCAUAUGAACUUAUGGACGAAUAAAGUUUAAAAUAAAUCCUUUUAAGCAUAAGAAAA